AUGUCUCAACAUUCAGUAAAUCCAGCAAAAACACCUCACACUUGUAAAUUUUCUGCAAGACUCUUUAAAUUCUCUUUACAAGAUGCAAAUACAUUUUUUAAUGGAAAAAAAAAUUCUGUAGACAAUAAAAUGCAGACCGGUUUUGCUAGAUUUAUAAGUUGUCUGGAUUCAUAUCUAGUUUUACUUGAUGGUUUUACAAUUAUUACUAUUUCAAUGAAUUCUGAAGAAUCAAAUGAUUAUAUAUCAGACAAAGGACUUUGUUAUGGACAGGCCUUAUUGUUAGCAGAAGUAUUAACAGACUUACUGCUAAAUCUCGCAUUAAUUCAAUGGUACGAUUUUAAAUCUAAAAGGAACCCAUAUUUAUAUGGAUGUCCUCACUUAAAAUUGAUAGAAUUAUAUAACUUUUCACUUGAUAUAAAAGUUUUAAUUUAUUUUAAUAAAAUUAUAUCCUUAAAAGAAUUUAUGGGCACGUUUUUUAUAUCAUAA